GAUGAAUACGGAGCACUCUUUAUGAUUAGCUUUGAACGAUUUUUGAAACCAAACGCUUCUGGAACAAUUUGGUUUAGAAAGAGUACUUUGGACUAUGAUUCUUCAAUGUCAGAAAGAAGCUGA